CUCGCUCCUCGCACCGCAAGACUCCAAAUUCAAACUUCCCUCUCCACCCUUAAGUUGCCACCCCUGUGUUUUGACAAUUGAUAAAAUGUCAGGCAUAUGUCACCGCUAAAUGUCAACCCUUUUAUUUAUAAUGAAACUGUUUACACCGUUUCGUAAUUAACUGCUUAAUGAUGUUCCUGUGAAAGUACGUAAGAACAAAAGCCGAGACAUGUCCGGAGUUUUCGGCUACAGCCGAGAGGCUGUCCGUGUCAAAGUCAAGAAAAUCGAAGGGUCGCAGCCCCCGGAGCUCCGCAAGUUCAGCGUGGACCCGCAAAUUACGUCGUUCGAGGUGCUGCAGAGUAUUUUAGCGAAAGCGUUCGACUUGAAGGGGGAUUUUGCAAUAUGUUAUCGAUUGUACGAUGUGAACGGGCACGAAACUUACAUGCCUCUGCUGUCGGACUGGGACUUGGACGCGGCGUUUUUAAAGGCCUACAAUAUGUCAGUGGGCAGCAGCUCGGAGCCUUGCUUGUGCCUCCGCGUCGACCUCAAGCCCUUCGAGGAGUGCUCCGACGACUGGGAGCUCAAACAGAACCUCCCCAUCAUCACCCAGAUCCGCACUGCCACCUGCCAGGAAGCCAAACCGUCGCCGCGCCUCCACGGGAUUUUCAACCAAAUGGGCAAAACGCUGAACUUGGUUCAGAGGGCUUUCCUAGGGGACGACAGUUCGGCGCCGCUGCAGCCCCCGCGACCCCCGCUCUCCGACUCGGAAUUCCGGACAUUCCUCGACCCCGUGGGGCAAAUCGUUUACGGAAAAGAACUAAGGAACGUUAUUUAUUUCGGAGGGAUUGAUCCGAGCUUGCGAAAGGUUGUGUGGAAGCAUCUCCUGAAUGUUUAUCCCGACGGAAUGACGGGUCGGGAACGGAUGGACUAUAUAAAGCGCAAGGCGGCGGAGUAUGUGACGUUGAGGGAGACGUGGAAGGCGGCGAUCGCCCAGGGGCCGGUGGCGGGGGAGUUGGCGUACACCACGGGGAUGGUGCGCAAGGACGUGCUGAGGACGGACAGACACCACCCGUUUUAUGCAGGCAGCGACGACAACCAGAACAUCGCCUCGCUUUUCAACAUUCUGACGACAUACGCCCUCAACCACCCCAAAGUCAGCUACUGUCAAGGCAUGAGUGACCUCGCCUCGCCCCUCCUCGUCACAAUGAACGACGAAGCCCACGCUUAUAUCUGCUUCUGCGCCCUUAUGCAACGCCUCAGCACCAACUUCAUGAUCGACGGCAUCGCGAUGACCCAAAAAUUCACUCACCUAGCCGAAGGUCUCAUGUACUACGACCCGGAAUUCUACAACUACUUAAAACUCCACCAAGCCGACGAUUUACUGUUUUGCUACCGCUGGCUUCUGCUCGAGAUGAAACGCGAAUUCGCCUUCGAGGAUUCUUUGCGCAUGUUGGAGGUGCUGUGGAGCUCCCUGCCCCCGUACCCCCCCGACAAGGAGCUCAAGCUCUUCGACGUACAAUUCCAACCGGUGCAAGCAACGCCACCUAUCAGCCCGUUGCUGAAAACUCCGCGCGAGAACGCCUACACCAAAGUGUGCGCGUUGCGCAGACAAAGCUCCUCGAUUUCUCUCAGCAACUACACGUCGAAGAAAACCGUCACCGUGAAGCGCCAGAACCACAGCCUCGACGAGACUCUCACCAGAUCCAAAAACAACAUUUUAGACAUUAAGCUGAAACACCAAAGUCUGGAUGACGCGGCGCUGUCGCGCCAGCGACUGACGAAGAGCAACGAGACGUCCCCGAAGAAUCCCGAAGUGUCGCCGAGGAGCGAGUUGCGGCCGCGCAGCGUCUCGCCGCUCGAGGCCAAGUCAGACUCGUUCAUUUUUUGCAACGGAGUCAACAACAAUCGAAAGUCGAGUUUGUCGUCAAGUAUGACGAAUCUGAUCAAGAGCACGAAGAAGAGCGGGCACUUCAAGGAGCUGAAGGAUCGGAUAGCGGCAGCCAAGUUGUUUUCGUCGUUGGAGAGGUUGGAUCAUUCCAUUAAAGAAGAAAUCGAGAGUAAGCCGAAAGGGAAAAUGGUGAAGAACUUGAACGAAUUUUUGAGUUUUGCAGCCGUGAAUAAGAAUAAGAUUUCGGAUAAAUUGGCGAAGAUGGGGGGGAGCGUGGGGGAUAUGGAUAAGCCGAAGAUCUUGUUGACGAAGUCGAGCUUCGACGAGUCGGAGAAGUCGCGGCAUUAUUCGUCCACGUCGAACGACGACACGUUCGAUGAGUACAGUCCAGACGACUCGCAGGAGUACUUUCCUCUGACGACGUCAGUAACGAGAGAAUUGAGGCUGGAAUUGGAGAAUUUGGACCGGAAAGUUUUCGGGGAUAAGUACAUCGAGAGGUUGUCGGAGUCGCCUUCGACGGACUGCAGCAGCGACGUCAAGGCGGAGGAAUCCGUGAUGCCGAAGACCCCUCAAGAGGUGAUCACCGAGAAGCCUCCAGUCGACGCCGAGAAGCGAAAAAGCGACGACAUCUUCCUCUGGGAGAACCCUCUCCUCACCAAGAGCCCCAACACCAUGCAGACCCCCGACGAGCAAGCCGACAUAGAGUACGACAGCGAAAUGCCAACCCUCGUCAACGAAGUGUCAGACACUAAGGUCGUCACUCCUAUUAAGAUCAUCAACACCACGUCGAAGCCGCUCAAAGUCGUUCUAGCGAAGAAGGAAGAGCCGAAAGAGGAGGAACCUCCGAGGGUGCCGCUGCCCGUCGAGGCGCCCCCAAUGACGAAUUCCUGCGAAGAAGUGACCGAAACCAAGUCGUCCUCUUUGCUUCCGCCGCCUCAGGAGUUCGGGGGCGGCAACCCCUUUCUGAUGUUCUUAUGUAUAACUGUGCUGCUGCAGCACAGAAACCAUAUUAUGACUAAGGCGAUGGACUAUAACGAAAUGGCGAUGCAUUUCGACAAGAUGGUGAGGAAACACGACGUCACCAAAGUACUGAAUCAGGCAAGGCAGAUGCACGCCAGGUACAUCAAACAACACACUAUAGCUCAACAGAAACAGGACUGUUAGGAAAAAUCUCGUUUUAUUUAUUAUGUACGCUGUGAUAUUUUCAGUUGGUUAUUUAUUUUCUAAUUUUAGGUGGAAUGUGCCUAGUACUUAUAGGUCUGAGGGUGGACUCUGUUCUCGUUCCUUGUCACGGCGCGACUGUCAACGCGUGAUUGACCGUCGCGACGGUGAUUUUAGUUUAUUUGGGCGAUUUUUGGAAGGGAUUGUACUCAGUUUCAUUUUGUUACAGAGGGAACGAGGUGGAUUUGCAUUUUUUGUUGCAUUUGUAAACGAAAUGACUUCCAAAAAAGCCAAUUAUGUCAUUCCCAUGUUAUAUUGAAGCACCAAGUACGACAUAGGCGGGAUUGGUGCGCCUAUGAGUACAUCCUACCAUAGCAUUGUGCACAAGGAGGACGCGUCCUCAGCAAUACAUAACAUACAGAGUUAUUUAUUGUCAAUUGUGGUUUCAUUCGAUGCGAUUAAGUUUCACGAUGAUAAUAAAAUUAAUUCAGUA